AGUAAGCCUUUUGUCCCGGACAGAAAAGUAAAAACACUGAUCAGUAAGGGACAUCUUCAUCGCUCGAGAUAAUCCUCUUACUAAUUGUCCGCCACCGUCUCCUCCAUCUACGGCCGACGGUUAUCUCGAGGAGUAGUUUCCUACCACUCGCGGAAGAGAUGACUACCCACCAGACCUACGACGCCUACUACCUCCCUCAACCACUGCCCGUUCCGUACAACACUAGCAGCAGAGCUGAACGCGAUCUGAUUCGGACGGUGUUCGUAUCGGGCCUCCCAGACGACGUCAAAGCUCGUGAAAUUCAUAACCUCUUUAGGCGCCGUCCCGGCUUCGAAUCUUGUCAGCUCAAGUACACCGGCCGCGGAGAUCAGGUUGUUGCAUUUGCAAACUUUGUUGAUCAUCAAUCAGCAAUGGGGGUAUUGCACUCAUUAAACGGUGUGAAGUUCGAUCCUCAAACAGGAUCCACUUUGCAUAUUGAACUUGCCAGAUCAAAUUCCAGGAGGACAAAAAGACCAGGGAGCGGCCCCUAUGUUGUUAUUGACAACAGAUCUAAAUCUAACAAAUUUCGGAAAGGCACUUCAAGUGAUGAAGACCCAAAUGAUAGUGAUUCUGAUGACCCAUCAAGGCCUAAUGAUCCUGAUUCUUGCAACAAGGAUGAUUCACCUGAGAAGAGUGGCGAGAAAGUGGGCGACGGUGACAAUGUUUUAGCUGCACAAAAUGAACAGGCAGAAAAGACAGGAGAUGGUACACAACCAUGUUCCACUUUAUUUAUUGCCAAUCUUGGUCCUGACUGCACAGAAGAUGAACUGAAGCAAAUUCUGUCUCAGUACCCUGGUUUCAACACCCUGAAGGUUCGUGCUAGAGGUGGAAUGCCGGUUGCUUUUGCUGAUUUUGAGAGUGUUGACAAAGCAACAGAUGUCAUGAACACACUUCAAGGAAGCACGUUGCCGUCAUCAGACCGGGGUGGCAUGCAUAUAGAAUAUGCUAGAUCUAAAAUGAGGAAGCCUUGAAAGUCACUUUGAGGAAAAGCUAAUAUUUUGAAGGCCAGUAGCUUCAACUUUAAGGCUACAUCAUGACUUUGUGGGUCAGUGAAUCUCCAAGCCUAGUCAGUUCACUCUAUACAAUGAUGGUUUCAAUAUCAGUACAUUUAGUUUACGUCUUAGGUAGUCUCAUCAGAGGCUUAUUUCACCAUUUGUACAACAUACAACCUUUUAAUCUUGAUAAUAAUGCACAAUUUAACUGGUUUGUCAUGAGUUAAGAGAGACUUCUUAUAGAAAAUACUGAGACUCUCAAAAUAAGGUCAUACAACUCGUAAUUACUCUCUCGAAUGUCAAAGGUGUGUUCUUUGGAGUCAAAGAUUAAUCUGGCGAAGUCAAUUAUCCAGUAGUGUUGACAAAAAGUAGUGAUUCUUUUUGGGAAUGACCUUCAAACCUUCUAUAUCCGAUAAACUUCUCUCUCAGAACUAAAAGUUACUCCAAAGAACGUUGAAUGUUAAAAGUUUAUAGUAUAACGGACCAAAGUGCACAACACUGCCUCCACCCAGUUGCAUAUGCAUAGAUUUAAGUCAGGGGUUGAACUUGCGUUAUGAAAUCAGUAGCAGUACUAAUUAUAAUGCACAUCUCAUAAAUAGUUGACCAUAUUAUAAAGAGAUAUUACCCGAAAUAGGACUAAAACAGUUUGAAAAUUCCAAAAUAGGUUUGCCAUGUUUUUAUUCCCAAAAUCGAACUAAUUACUGCCAUGUUUUGGCAUUACCAGACUUCAAACAUGACAGUAUUUUCUAAAUAUGGCAGUGAUUAGUCCUAUUUUGGGAAUAAAAAACAUAACAGUCCUAUUUUGGAAUUUUGAAACUGUUUUAGUCCUAUUUCGGGAACUUUCCCUAUUAUAAAUACUAAAUUUGAAAAUUAAGGAAAAAAUAAUCUAAAUAUCUCAAAUUUUGAAGGGUGUGACUGUGCGAGGAAAUAUUUCAUACUUACAUAUGUAAUACUAUGUAUAUACUAAGAACUGUACAUAAAAUCUGUCGGAAAAAGAACUUUAUAUAAAAAGUGAUAUUAGCAUCAUGAUUAUAUUUUUUCAUUUACAAAUGUAAACUUAUGGUGCUAAAUACAUAAUUUAAAAUAUUUUAAGCAUCCAUAAGGAUGCAAUCAACAUUCUAAGCUUUCAUUUAUGAUAAAGAAUAGACUCUGAGCUAUGUAGUGCAACUCUGUUAAUUUUGAUAUUUACCAACAUAUGACUUCCACCAUUAGUAUAUUUAAUUGACUAUUAGUAAAAUUAAAAAAAGGACAUAUUUUAAAUUUUAGUCUAAGACCAAUACCAUAAUUUUUAUGUAGAUCAAUUAUUUAGUAUAUUACUCCCUCCGUCCUGCUAAAAUUGUCCCGUUUUACCUUUUCGGAAAAUCCCACUAUGGUUGUCCCAUAUCAUAUUUGGUAAAGUUUGUGUGGCUCUACAUCAUUUUUACUUCAUUUUUACUUUAUCAAUUUAAUAUCAACAACAUAAAUCCACUUUUCUUAAUAAUCGUGCCACAUUCUCUUGUUCCAAUCUUAGUGGGACGAUAGUAAUAAAUAAAGAAUCAAAGUAGAGUGUGAAUAUUGUUGAAGUCAAAUGUUUCAACUCCUUAGUAAACUAGGAAGAAGGUAAGAUUCGUGAUGUUGAGACUUGAGACCACUUACAAUCUUUGAUUAACAAAUCUGCCAAUUGAAUUGGCGACUUAGGUGCACGCUGUGGAUGACAAGCCUGUCCAAAAAAGGAGCGGAGGCACUCGUUGGACCCAACAAAAUAAAAAAAACCCCACUUUUUAAAAAGAGUGCUAUAAGUUUUUUAUUUGUAUUCUAAUUGCUAUAAACAAAUAUCAAAAUUCAUAGCUUUUUAUUAUAUUUCUUAUAACAUCAAUAUUGCAUUUAUAAAAUUAAAAAAUAAUUUAGCACUUUAAAAAUGUUUGUUUUUAAAGUGUUAUACGAAGUAAUUUUUGAUUCGUUCAUUGAAUUUUCUAUUAUAAUAUAUCAAAAUUAUAAAUUUUUAUUAUCUUUCAUAUGACACUAAUAUUUCAUUGGUACUCCAGUGCUCUAAAAAUUACAGUAUCAAAAUUCAUAACUUCUUAUUAUCUUUAAUGUGUCACUAAUAUUUCUUAUUUGCCAUAGUCAUGGAUGAACUUACAAAGUCAAUUCAAGACGAUAUACUGUGGUGCAUGAUGUUUGUCGAUGAUAUUGUAUUGAUUGAUGAGACGCAAUCAGGUCUUAAAGCAAAGUUGGAAGUAUGGCGACAAACAUUAGAGAAUAAGGGUUUCAAUUUCAAACUAAGUCAGAGCAAGACAGAGUACAUGGAGUGCAAGUUUGGUGGAGGUAGAAACAGUGGUAAUAGCGGAAUUACUCUGGAUGGUAAGGAGAUACCAGUCAGCGAUAUGUUCCGUUACUUGGGCUCCAUAAUUCAGGACGGUGAGUUAGAUGGAAAUGUAUCCCAUUGAAUCAGAACAUGGUGGAUGAAGUGGAAGAGUGCGUCGGGAUUUCUAUGUGAUCGAGGUAUGCCGACUAGACUGAAGGGUAAAUUUUAUAGGCCAUCAAUUAGAUCUGCAUUACUGUAUGGCGUAGAGUGUUGGACGGUGAAACAAUGUCACAUUCAAAAGAUGAGUGUGACAGAGAUGCGCAUGCUACGUUGGAUGUGUGGGCAUACUAGGAAGGACCGCGUGAGGAAUGAGAUAAUCAGACAAAGGGUGGGAGUAGCACCUAUUGAAGACAAUAUGUGGGAGUCGCGCUUACGGUGGUUUGGUCAUGUGCGUAGAAGACCGAGUGAUGCACCUGUCAGAUGAGUUGAGAUGUGUAGAGAAGAGGCAUGGAAGAGAGGGAGAGGAAGAUCCAAACAAACGUGAGUUAGGGAAGUUCGAAGUGAUAUGCUUUUUCUCGGGUUGGAUGAGGGCAUGACUUUGGAGAGAACUAAGUGGAGAACAGGUAUUCGUGUGGAGGAGUGAUCUCGUAUCAUCUUUUUCCCUCAUCUUUUUUUCUUUAUUUUUUAUCCUUACAUAUAAGCAUUAUUUGUAUCCUUUUUAUUUUAUCAUUUUUAUGUAUAUUCAUCUUUUUUUAUAUUAUCUUUUUAUAAUAGCUUAUCUUUUUUAUCUUUAUUUUCUUUUCCUUUUGGUUGUGAUAUCAUGUAUCGAUUCAUAUUAGUCGACCUCAAUAUCUUUUGGGACUAAGGACCUAAGACUUGGAUGUUGUUGUUGUAAAGUUAUAAUUUUUGAUAUAUUUUAUGUUGUUGGGUCCCA